AUGACCCAGCCAACCACAACCCAAUUUAUCAGAUCUACCACCUAUCUACGACCCAGCCAACCACAACCCAAUUUAUCAGAUCUACCACCCAUCUACGACCCGGCCAACCACAACCCAAUUUAUCAGAUCUACCACCCAUCUACGACCCGGCCAACCACAACCCAAUUUAUCAGAUCUACCACCCAUCUACGACCCGGCCAACCACAACCCAAUUUAUCAGAUCUACCACCCAUCUACGACCCGGCCAACCACAACCCAAUUUAUCAGAUCUACCACCCAUCUACGACCCGGCCAACCACAACCCAAUUUAUCAGAUCUACCACCCAUCUACGACCCGGCCAACCACAACCCAAUUUAUCAGAUCUACCACCCAUCUACGACCCGGCCAACCACAACCCAAUUUAUCAGAUCUACCACCCAUCUACGACCCGGCCAACCACAACCCAAUUUAUCAGAUCUACCACCCAUCUACGACCCGGCCAACCACAACCCAAUUUAUCAGAUCUACCACCUAUCUACUAUGACCCGGCCAACCACAACCCAAUUUAUCAAAUCUACCACCUAUCUACGACCCAGCCAACCACAACCCAAUUUAUCAGAUCUACCACCUAAUUUCAU